AACGUGAUAUUGCGUGUGGCCGAAUGUUGGUUUAAAAAACGACUUUCAGUAAAAAAGGUUAUUGUGUUUUUCGGUAACUUGCCAUUAAAAAACUGUUAGGUAUAAAAAUGAAGUUUCCGUGGUCUCAUUCUACGCUGGUCGAUGUUUUGAAAAGUGAAACAGGAAACAGCCACAAGUGUGAUAAAGUCUGUCAAGAUAUAAUAAAUGGUAAACUCGACCUAGCGGAUUUCGUUCAAGAGCUAGGCCCUGCGUUGACACAUAAGGACAGUCAGAUUAGAAUGAAAGGAACAAUGUUACUGUCGAGCGUGUUAGAGAAAUUGCCAACUAAUUUACUCAACGCGAAGCAGCUGGAUUUUAUCGUCACAUUUUAUUGUGAUCGUAUGAAAGAUCAUCAUUCUCUUAUUCCUGCAAUUUUGAAAGGAAUAUCUGCAAUUGUGUUAAUGAAUAAUCUUCCCGAUGGAACUGCCAGUAAAGUGUUUAAUUCGCUUUUCAUGCAAAUUCCCUGCCAGAGUCAGCACAAAGAUGACCGCACCACAUAUAUCAACAUAAUAGCUCGCUUGGCAGAGCGAAAGCAACCUGAAUUGGCUACUAUGGGGGCAGAUUUCAUUAGUGGAGUCAUUGACGCCAUUCAAGGGGAGAGAGAUCCUCAAAAUUUGCUAUUUUUGUUUGAUUACAUGCCACAAUUCCUGCAACAGUACCCUCUGAUGCACUUAUCUGAAGAAAUGUUUGAAGUGUUUGCAUGCUAUUUUCCAAUUGAUUUUUACCCAAAUCCUAACGAUCCAGCAGCUAUUACUAGAGAUAUGCUAGCAUUAAAACUAGAAAAUUGCCUGUGCGCAACGAAAGAAUUCGCCACCCAUUGCAUUGUAUUGUUACUAGAAAAGUUAGACAGUGACCUGGAUGUGGCAAAGCUAGAUUCGUUGCGAUUGUUGAUGAAAUGCACCAAAACGUUCAACAUAUCGGAUAUAAGCGAGCAUCUUGACAGUAUAUGGAACGCAUUAAAAUCAGAGCUACUUCCGGGAAACGAAAAUAAGGAAGUUUUUCAACUGACCUUAGAUACUACAUUGCAACUGGUGAUUGCAGCCGCGUCUGAUGUACAAAUUGAAGAAAGAUUGCUUACCACUAUUUUACUAGCAAUCAUGGGAAGUCUGGCGGAUGUUUCAUCAAGGCAAUUUGAAAACUGUGUGAAAAUUGCACUGAUUUGUUCCAGUGCUUCAUCAAAAGCUGCUCGUUUUGUAGCUGAUAAAUUAAUCCCUAUCGUACUUUCUCAGUUGCAAACAGAAGAGCUUAAUGCGCAACAAAAAUGUGCUUUGGUUGAGGUCCUACAAAAAUUAAUGGUUAUCUGUAAAAACAAAAAUAUUUUAAAGCAGUUAGUUUCCGAGAUGAUUUUGGCGGUUCAAAAACAUUUUAUUCAAAUUUUAGUGCAAGAACAUGACUCAAGUGAGUUGAAAAGAAUCGCUCUCUCUGCCAUCAUAUGCAUCCCGGAAGUGAUAAUUGAUGAGAACCGAUUUGUUGUUUAUACAACAAUAAUACAUGUGCUUUUAGCGUCAGAUGAUGUACGUUUAGACGUCGAGGAAUGUCUUUAUCAGUUUACUAAUUGCUAUCCCUCUGAAGUCAUGAACGUCAUCGUUGACAAAUUAAUCGCCAAGAAGUAUGAGGCGGUUUCACCAUCCACAGAGAGAAUAUUUCGUGCUUUAGCCAAAUUAAUGCCACUGGAAACGAUGAGCGCGAAAGUAAUUCAAUUCUUUAUGGAAUUGAUUUUUAAAGAACCCUUGCUAGAGCCCAUAACUAUUGUUGCAAUGAAAACUUUAGAAAAUACUAUUUCAAGUGUAAAUGGAAGACCAUUGGCAACAAUGUUAUACGAAGACUAUAAACUGAUAGACAGGAUUAUUGAACAAGUGCGUAACGAGGCACUGUUGUUGACCUCUGAAUACCUUUUCGCCGCUUCAAGCUUAAUGAAAGCAUUGAUGGCACAACUCUCCACAGAAGUUCAAAGCAAAAUUGUAGUUGAUCACCUUGCGUCAAUGGAUUUAACGAAAACAAAGGAUUUAUAUUUAACUUCGGGUAUUCUUGGAUAUUUAGAUGAAUCAAUACCGUUAAAGGAUCAUUUCGAAAAUUUAGUAGAUUCUUUAACUACGUUAGCUUUAAAUAGCGAGGAUGACAACGUUAAACAGUUAUGCAAUCAUUUACUUUGCAGUCUAUUUAAUAGAAUGCCGGAUGAUGAUCAUCAUCGAAAUAUAUUAUUGAAAUUAUUAAAAUCACUGCGGGUGCAUCUGAAAAAUAACAACAAAAAGGUUGUAAGCAUUCUAUCCUGGAUAGGCAAGGGAUUGCUUGCAAGAGGUCAUUCAUUGGCUGGUGAAAUUGUUGAAGACAUUGCUGAACUGCUUGAUCAUCCUUCUUUGGGAAACACGGCAGCUCUUGCAUUUGAAGUUCUGAGCGCAGAAUUUCCUCAGCUACACUUACCUCUAAUAAAAAAUUUGUUCAAACAAAAGCUUUUUGUAUUUGUCAUGAAAAAACUGGAAAAUAAAGCAGAAGGAUAUCUAGAUACGCAUCUUAGAGCGUUAGUUCAAGUAUACAAGAUUGUACCGCAUAUCGUAUUGAAAAUGAACAUAGAGAAGGUAGGACCAAUUUUGCUUAAAUGUUUAUCGCAAACAAACGACACUACCCUAACAAACUCACUCAACAUCAUUCGGCGAUUCGUAGUAGACGAAGAUCCUUUUUUCCGAGAUCAUCUUCAAACAUUAAUUCCGCAGUUAUUAAAGCUGUCAAUGUAUGAGUCAUCGAUGGAUGUUCGAAUUGAUGCUUUGCAGUGUAUACUAUAUACUACGAAGUAUCCUCCAUUUUUGCUCCUGCCUUUUAAGCAGGACGUGAUUAUGGGAUUACGAAAUACUUUGGAUGACCACAAACGUUUGGUGAGAAAUGCGUCAGUAACGGCAAGACUCCAGUGGUUUUUAGUAGGGACAGGUGAAGACAAAUCGGGUGAAUAACCCACGCGCAGUUUCUAUUUUUAUUUUAAGAAAUAUUUAAGAACAUGUUUUCCACGUUCCGUUUUUACUGUUAAUAAACAAUUAUAGCGUAGAAAUAAAUUUAUUUGUAAA